AUGAAGGGGCUCUUCAAGAGCUCGCGGAGCAAUGGGGCUCCUCCCCUUUCGCCAGUUACAGCAAUACCCAAGAAGGACCCCCAAGCCCCGCAUAAAAGUCCAUUAGAAAUGAGGAUGCAGGAUAUGGGUCCAAUCCGUGGAGAUGGGAGUGAUAAGUUCUUCGGCAUGGAAAAUUACGGAAAUACCUGCUACUGUAAUUCUAUCCUGCAAUGCCUCUACUAUUCAGUUCCCUUCCGCGAAGCCGUCAUCAAUUACCCGCAGCGUACUCCUCUCGAAACUCUCGAGGCCGCCCUCUCCACGAAUCUGCGAUACCAAGAUCCAAAUACCUUUCUUGAAGCCGAGGCUCUGGCGGCCAAGCAGAAAUCAGUGCCUACGGCUUCCUCAGCACGCCAAGCAGGCGUGGCUCCAACACAGCCACAGAAACCGGAAGACAAGGAAUCGGCCGAAUACAAAAAGAAGGUCGCCCUCCAAACCCUGCCAAUCCUUGAGACUACGAAUAAUGCCAACAGUUACGGCAUGUCGGAAACUCUUUUCACCUCUUUAAAGGAUAUUUUUGAAUCCUUAGUUGGAAGCCAGUAUCGCAUAGGUGUGAUCCGGCCGCAACAGUUUUUGGACGUGCUACGGCGCGAGCACGAGAUGUUCCGAACGGCUAUGCAUCAAGAUGCCCAUGAGUUCUUGAAUCUUCUUCUGAACGAAGUUGUAUCGAAUGUAGAAGCGGAAGCCACCAAGCAGAGCUUUCCAGAAAAGGCCCUGCCGCCCACAGAGAGCGCGGACUCGCUGGGCAUGGUCAAUAGUAGCACAGGAUCAAAGUCACCUAACACCACCCGAUGGGUGCAUGAAUUGUUUGAGGGACUCCUGACAUCGGAAACGAAGUGUCUAACCUGCGAGAAAGUCUCGCAACGCGACGAAAUAUUCUUAGACCUUUCAGUGGAUCUUGAGCAGCAUUCAUCAGUAACAUCCUGCCUUCGAAAAUUCUCGGCCGAGGAAAUGCUUUGUGAACGCAACAAGUUUCACUGCGAUAACUGCGGUGGUCUCCAGGAAGCAGAGAAGCGGAUGAAGAUCAAGCGUCUCCCUCGUGUGUUGGCUUUACAUCUCAAACGUUUCAAAUACACAGAGGACUUGCAGCGGCUGCAAAAGCUCUUUCACCGGGUUGUGUAUCCCUAUCACCUCCGGCUGUUCAACACCACCGAUGAUGCUGAAGAUCCGGAUCGUCUGUAUGAACUUUAUGCAGUGGUUGUCCAUAUUGGAGGUGGUCCCUACCAUGGCCACUACGUUGCGAUUAUCAAAACUGAGGAUCGUGGCUGGUUGCUCUUCGACGAUGAGCUUGUGGAACCGGUGGAUAAAAACUACGUUCGCAAUUUCUUCGGGGAUAAACCAGGGUUGGCGUGUGCGUACGUUUUGUUCUACCAGGAGACCACACUGGAGGCGAUGAUGAAGGAGCAAGCCCAGGAAAAUCAGACACCCACUACUGGAGCAGCUGAACCAGCAGAAGCUACGAAGUCGAAUGGUCACUCAUUAUUCCCAGUAACUCAGGUGCACAGCGCAUCCUAUCCUUUUGAGGACCACCACCGCUUUACUCCGGUCGAUCGAUUCAAUACAGCUCCUCAGAUGACUACACAGCAUGAAGCCCCGGAUCACGAAUUCUUCCCGCCAUCGCAGCCUGUCCCUGUUCAGCCUGUUCAAUCACCCCAACUGCCUCAGUCAUCUUAUCCUACGCUACCCCCGAUACCUGACGAACAUUCUCCCGUUCUUGGAGCGAAGAAGAGUGAAUCUCAGCUGAAGAAGGAUAGAGCGCGCGAGGAAAAAGAGCGCAAGGCUCAGGAGAAGGCGACGGAGAAAGAACGAGAGCGACAGGAGAAAAAUCGUCGCAAGGAGAUGGACCACCAGCGGAUUCGAGAAGAACUUGAUAUCAAGAGGGCGAUAGAGGCCAGCAAAAUCAACACCCAUAAACCCGAUGUGGGUGACAGUGGACCGGAGAAUGGGUCGCCGAGGAAGUCUCUUAACUUCUUGAAGCGUGGUAGCCGCAGCCUAGGCCAUCGACUGGGAAACCACAAAGAUCUUCGAGUAUCGACCUCUGAUCUGGGAACUGGUUCAGUACCUAGCCCAGUACCACACUCCGAUAUACCUGUCAAUGGGACAGAGCCGGGUCGACCGCCUGUACCUUCAAAAGACCCAGAUCUCCCCCGCCCCUUGUCCCCGCGAGUGCACACCUCACCCUUCCGCACCCUCCAGCAUGCAGCUACAACCAAGGACCAUAGCGACACCGAACAAAAGAAUGGUCAUCACCACAUCCACCAUCCUCGGUGGAGGUCAUUCAGCUUUAAGAAAGGGGCUCCAACUUAA